GGAGCGGAGGGUGGGGAGGAGAGAGAGACGCUGAUGGUUUUAUGCCAAUGCUUAAUUUGCACCAUCGAUCCACCGGGCGCCCUUGUGAAAAUUCUGGUUCCUGGAAUUGCACCCUGUUUUCCAUCCAGGAUCUGCUUUUGCAAGCCAUUCUACACAAUGCUUCCAGAUGCUGGAACAUAUCACUUUCCUUGGGAAGUAAACUCUACUUCAGUACCGGAAGGGAAAGCCCUGAGAACAUAUGGCAGGCUUCACUCUUAUGAUAUGGCCAUUUCACAAGCCAUCUUAACAGCUCAGCAUGCAUCUGAUCAGCACUGUAUUCCAGUUUGCACAAAGUUUGUAGAACCCUUUCAGGCCCAGCUUGGGUCUUUGUAUAUUGUCCUGGGGGAAACUGAAUUAAAGGAUGGUGAGAUGAUUAUAAAGGCUCGAGUAUUUACAUGUGUAGAAGGAAUAAAUCUUCAGUUAUUGGAAAAAGCCAUAGGGGAACAAAGAAAGUAUUUCCAGGAGAGAAGGAAAGAUCAUGAAGGAAGCAUAUGUUAGUCUAUGCUUCAGCCAGCAUUUAUUUUCGAACACAAAAUUUGUUCUGUAUAUGAUCACUCAUCUCUUGCCUUUAUUCCUGGUGUUGUAGAUUAUAUUGCUUUCUGAAUACUUAUUUAAAAUUGGUUUGAUGCAAUGCUUUAGACUCAGAACUGGUCUUUAUAUUAGAUUGUGAAUCUUAUACUUAAUUCUGUUUAGAAACCCAUAUAAACAAUAGAACAUGCAAAGGGCUAAUAUAAAUCUUUAUUUUGAAGAUGAUUUUGGGAAAUCACAGAAGCUUGAUCAUUAAGUUGUUUGGAAGCAAAUAAGUUUUUAA